GACAAAUUGACAAAAAAACACCCCAAGAGAAAUCAACACUUCCCACCACAAGAACACCAUCCCCUCCCUAUAUAUCUCCCAUUUUUUCAUGUAAACCAAGAAAGAGGAGAACCAUUAGCAAUGGCAGUCUCCACUAUAUACUCACUCAACUCAAUCUCCACACCACCAAAACCCCACUCCCCCUUCUUCCCCCAAAAACACAUCCUCUUCUUCACCACCACCACAAAAAGACCACCCCUCAGAGGUCGGCGCUCCGCUCUGAUAUCAUGCUCUGCCGAGGAGAAGACCGUCGUGAUCGGCCUAGCCGCCGACUCGGGGUGCGGGAAGUCCACCUUCAUGCGGCGGCUGACCUCCGUCUUCGGCGGAGCAGCCGAGCCCCCGAAAGGCGGGAACCCGGACUCGAACACGCUGAUAAGCGACACGACGACAGUGAUAUGCCUGGACGACUACCACUCACUGGACAGAACCGGACGGAAGGAGAAGGGCGUAACCGCACUGGAUCCCAGAGCGAAUGACUUCGAUCUAAUGUAUGAGCAAGUCAAGGCGUUGAAGGAUGGGACGGCUGUUGAUAAGCCAAUUUACAACCACGUUAGUGGUCUACUGGACCCGCCGGAGGUAAUCAAGCCUCCCAAGAUCCUCGUUAUCGAAGGCUUACACCCAAUGUACGAUGAACGUGUUAGAGACCUCUUGGACUUCAGUAUUUACCUUGACAUCAGCAAUGAAGUCAAAUUUGCAUGGAAAAUUCAGAGGGACAUGGCUGAAAGAGGGCACAGCCUUGAAAGCAUCAAGGCCAGCAUUGAAGCCCGAAAACCGGACUUCGAUGCUUACAUCGAUCCACAGAAGCAGUUCGCGGACGCUGUGAUCGAAGUGUUGCCAACGCAGCUGAUCCCGGACGACAACGAGGGCAAAGUUUUGAGAGUGAGACUUAUAAUGAAGGAAGGUGUCAAGUUCUUCAACCCUGUCUACCUCUUUGAUGAAGGCUCCACCAUUUCUUGGAUUCCCUGUGGAAGGAAGCUCACUUGCUCCUACCCCGGCAUCAAAUUCUCCUACGGCCCCGACACUUACUACGGCCAAGAGGUUUCUGUGCUGGAAAUGGAUGGGCAGUUUGACAGACUGGAUGAGUUGAUCUAUGUGGAGAGCCAUUUGAGCAACCUUUCGACCAAGUUCUAUGGAGAAGUGACGCAGCAGAUGUUGAAGCAUGCGGAUUUCCCUGGGAGCAACAAUGGGACGGGGCUUUUCCAGACGAUCGUUGGGUUGAAGAUCAGAGACCUCUUCGAGCAGAUUGUGGCGACCAGGGCGGCUGCUCCCCUCGCAGCUACAAAGGCAUGACGAGUUGAGAUAAGUGUUGGUGUUGUCUGUUUGUAUUUAUUAUCUGAGUUCAAACUCUGUGGAGGCUUGUACCAUAGAGAAACGACUUUUGCACAUAUUUGAAAUGGAGGAAUCCUAUAAUCAUCAUAAACACAUCAAAUCAAAAUAUUGAUUUUUAUCAAAA